GGGAGAGCAGAGAAAGCGAAUCCAUUUCUUUUCUCUCACUGCUUUUCAUUCAGCCUGUCGACUCGUCAGCAUCCGCCUGACUGUCAGAUUUCUGAGGAUUUCUCUAAUUCUGCUUCUCGGUGAUUUUGCUUCUUGCAGAGUCAAAGAAAAACUUCAAAAGAAGAAGAAGAAAAGGGAAGAAGAGUAAGACAAACAAGGCCAUGGCCUCCUGGUUCACCUGGAAUGAGCCGUACCACCGGAGCCCCCGGCGGGAUCCGACUGACGUGGUCACCGACACGCUGAUGCUGGAGUUCAGCUGGCAGCUGAAGGAGGCAGAGAGGCAGCAGAGGGAGAGAGAGAACGAGUACAGGCGCCUUAAGACCGGAGUGGACUACAGCUGGCUGGCCAGCACGCCUCGUUCCUCCUACAGCAUCAGCACCGGGGAGAAGCUUGGCCUGGAGGACCUCUGCUCCAAGGUGCCGCCACCAUGCUGCGGCGUGGUUAUACUCAAGUUUCGGGAGGCUAUACAGGCCAACGAGCCUGAGGUGCAGGAGGUGUCCGCCCUGUUCCGCUCCAUCCUCAUGGAGUCUCUGGAUCAGCUGAAGGAGGAGCAGGAAGUUCAGCGGCUCACCCGCCAGUGGAACAACAAACGCGCCAUGAGCAUGACCCUCAUGAACUUCAGGUCCCGCAUCAAGAUCAACCCGUUCGGAAGCACGGUGGGCCUGACAUCCGCUGCGGCCGACGGGGCGGGUUUGAGCGACCUCAAAACCGUGUCAGAGGAUGUGGAGAGAGGGAUGGAGGGGGAGGAGAGGUCGCAGAGGGUGUGGAGCAUGCCUGACUUCAGAUACAAAGGAACCAACAGCAAUAAGGUUGUCUGAUGUGGGGAGCUCAUGGGGACUGUGAUGGUGGCACGUUUCAGCAGGACAGAGGCUGAACUCCAGGACUCUCGGCAGCAGUACGACCACGUUGCACUGGGCGAGGGGGAGGUGAAUCCCAUUAUCCUCCUGCCCUAUUCAGUAUGAAACCAAUCAGCAUUUGAGCCUUUUACUGCUUUAUCCUGCCAGGGAAACACCAAGUGUUUUUCUCAGAUCUUCUGUACCUUGAAAACACCUUUUCUUGGACUUGAACGUUUCAACUUUAUGUGAGAUUAUUGCCUCCAACAGAGAUGCAUCUUAUGUUUUGUAGACGUCAGUCUCUACACAUUGAGGGCUAUUUACUGUAGUCCAGUAGGGAUAUUUAUGUAACUUAGGCUUUGCAGGAAUGAAAUGAAAUAUGUUGGCAUUUACGUGUCACACAGCAUAUUAAGGGCCACAGAAUCUUGACUGAUGGAAUAUUUUACAGAUUUAUGUAAUUAAAUGUUACUCAUUUGGUCUUAAGAAAAAAAAUCUGUAAUAUUCAACACUCACAUGACGUCAUUCAGAGGUUGAGUCAUGCUCUCCCUCUACAGAGUGAUCUUUGUAUUUCUUCGAACUGAAAGCAAGGACUCGACAUAUCAAUUCAUCAUCCAAGGUCAGCAAAUUGAAAGCUUUCCUUGUUUUUCCAUUUGCAAGAAGGUUUGAAAAAAAAGGCAUAAAGAAAUGUUACUGGACCUCCGAGAGUGAAGCAUUUCAAAGUAAAAUCUU